AUGUGCAGGGAUUCCCGUGUGGACACAUCGGUUGGGUCUUGUGCGAUUAUUCGAUUCCCUGCCAGCGAAGCACAGGCGGGCUGGGGACGACGGCCAGGUGUCACAAGCGGCUCGAAGCGCGAUGUUCUGGUGGGAAUGGCAGUCACACUGAUGCACGACUUUCAGCAACAAUGCACAUUGAAACAGGGAAGCUGCGUGACAUGGUCAGAAACCGGCCUUCAAAUGGGACGUGUCAGCACAGCGCUGUUUCUUUCGGACGUUGUCGUAAAAGUGUGGAAGGAUGGGCGAAACGGAGGGUUGGCAGCGGAUACCAGCGCCAGUUGUUGGACAUGA